UCUUCUUAUAUGUAUUUUUGCAGGAUUUCAGCAGCGAGAGCGCCACAGAGAGUUAGAUAGAGAAGAAGAAGAAGAACAGGAGAACAGAGAGAUGGACGAGCAGACCAGGCUGAUGCACUCGCACCCCGGGGUGGGCAUGGCAGGGCACCCCGGGGUGCAGCACAUGCAGGACAGCACCGGAGGACCGGACGGCGACGGGAGGAAGCAGGACAUAGGAGACAUUUUACAGCAAAUCAUGACCAUCACGGAUCAGAGUCUGGACGAAGCACAAGCCAGGAAACACGCUCUCAACUGUCACAGAAUGAAGCCAGCUCUUUUCAAUGUCUUGUGUGAAAUCAAAGAAAAAACAGUGCUGAGUAUCCGCGGCGCCCAGGAGGAGGCCCCUGAUCCCCAGCUCAUGCGCCUGGACAACAUGCUGCUGGCGGAGGGCGUGUCCGGUCCGGAGAAAGGCGGAGGCUCGGCGGCGGCAGCCGCUGCGGCGGCGGCCUCGGGAGGAGCGGGGGCGGACAACUCGACGGAGCACUCUGACUACAGGGCGAAGCUGACCCAGAUCAGACAGAUAUACCACACAGAGCUGGAGAAGUACGAGCAGGCAUGUAACGAGUUCACCACCCACGUGAUGAACCUGUUGCGGGAGCAGUCCCGCACGCGGCCGAUUUCGCCCAAAGAGAUCGAGCGCAUGGUGAACAUCAUCCACCGCAAGUUCAGCUCCAUCCAGAUGCAGCUCAAGCAGAGCACCUGCGAGGCCGUCAUGAUCCUGCGCUCCCGCUUCCUCGAUGCCAGACGGAAAAGACGAAACUUCAACAAGCAGGCGACAGAGAUCCUGAACGAGUAUUUCUACUCGCACCUCAGUAACCCCUACCCAAGCGAGGAGGCUAAAGAGGAGCUGGCAAAGAAGUGUGCCAUCACAGUUGCCCAGGUUUCCAACUGGUUUGGGAAUAAAAGAAUCAGAUACAAGAAAAACAUUGGUAAGUUCCAAGAAGAAGCCAACAUGUACGCUGCGAGAACUGCCGUGAAUGCGGCUAAUGCAUCCUCACAUGGAAGCCAAGCAAAUUCACCCUCAACUCCAAACUCUGCAGGUUCUGGCGGCUCUUUUAACAUGUCAAACUCCGGGGACUUGUUCAUGAGCGUGCAGUCUCUCAAUGGGGACUCGUACCAGGGGGCUCAGGUGGGAGCCAACGUGCAGUCACAGGUGGAUACCCUUCGCCAUGUUAUCAGUCAGACAGGCGGAUACAGUGAAGGACUCACAGCCAACCAGAUGUACAGUCCGCAGGGCAUCAAUGCAAACGGCGGCUGGCAGGAUGCUCCGACCCCCUCGUCAGUGACUUCACCCACAGAAGGACCCGGAAGCGUUCACUCUGACACCUCCAACUGA